UUUUAUCCUAAUUUAUUUAGCAGCUGUCAAAUUUAUUUACUUAUUUAAAUCUCAGAUCUCAGUACAGUCUCUGAUAUUAAUAGUUAAUAAAAUGGAUAAACAACAAACAGAAAUUGAAAGUAAAUAUCAGAAACUUGCCGCGGAAUAUUCAAAAGUACGUUCUCAAGCUACAGUAUUAAAGAAAGCUGUUUUGGAUGAACAAGCAAAAAAUUCGCAGCUAACUGAAAUUAUUCGAAAUGGCGAACAAACAAUUAGAAAAAGAGAUCAAGAAAUGGAAAGUCUCACAUUUCGUAAUGAGCAGUUGACCAAAAGAAUAUCAGUGUUACAACAAGAAUUACAAAUAAGUAGUCGUAGUAAGAAAGGAAAGCAAAAGAAUGUAGAUACAACACAAGUGCACGAUUUCAGUGUUUUAGACGAAGAAUUUCAAAAGAAAAUUCUAGAGAACGCUAAUCUUUUAAGCAGUAUAUCAGACAAGGAUUUAGAAAUUACAAGUUUUAAAGAAAAAAUUAUCUGGCUGGAAGAAAAACUGUUAAGUUUACAAAAAGAGUUGACUAGCAGUGAUGAUAGACACAAAGAUAAAUUGGAAAAAUUACAAAAAGAUAAAGAAACUUUAGUUGAAAAAAUUAAGGAGUUUAUAAAACAACAAGAUUGUAAGGAGAAUGAUGAUUAUAAUUUUUGGAAAUCUGAAGCAGAAAAAUGGAAGAGUGAAUGUGAAUUAUUACGAUGCAAACCUAAUACAAAUGAACGUCUGUCAGAGUAUUAUGAAUCUCAAUUAAGAGAUACUUUGGAAUCAAAAGCAGUGGUAUUUGCUGAAACCAAAUCACUUUUUGCAGAGAACCAAGCUUUAAAAUCAAGAUUGGAAAAUUUUAUUUCUGAGCAUACAGAACUUCAAAAAAAACUAGAAAUUAGUUAUGAAGAACUUGUAACAACUAAUGAAAAUUAUAAGAGUCAAUUAGAUGCCAUGACUGAACAUUUUGCGACACAGAAUGAAAAAAUCACUCAACAAUGCGAUGAAAUUCAAAUACUAAAACAUAAACUUGCAAGUAAGAAGUAGUGUUGACAAUAUAAGAAAUGAAAGAAAAAAAAUCUAAAGUUUAUUAAGUUUGGACCAGUGUAAAAUCUUUCACAUUCCAAAUAUUUAAGGUUUGCUUCUAACAAUACCUUAAGGACUAAUUUUAAAUUUAGUUUUGUUAAUUUAUUGUAAGAGCUUUUAGAGUUGUUUCUAGUAAAAAUAUAAAAAAUAUAUUCAAAAAUUGUAAAGAAAUAUUUUGUGAUAUUCAAAUUAAGUAUUGUACUUUAUAUUAAUUAUUAUUCCCUAAUCUGUUUUAGGGUUUGCUUCUUUUUAAUGUAUAUAUUAACUUUCAAUAUAUUAUAAGCAAUAUACAGAUAAUGUGAAGAAAUA